UAUCAGGAGUUCGUCAUAUGUACAUUUCACCUUGGAUUACAUUAACGUUACCUUGAUAAAAUCGUUGACGGGAAGUAAAAAUUUGAUGUGCGGCAAGAUAGUAAGUUUUGUAAAGCUUGUAAAGUUGUAAUAUUUUAGCUCCUCUUCAAUGGAUUUCUACAAGAAUUUGUCAGGAGAGCAGUGGAUGGCUUUGCUGCCAUUUGGAGUGGCUUGUGUUGCCAUUGGCUACUCUGCAAAAACUUUCCUGGACAAAAAGACUUGUGGUGCUCAAGUAAACCCAUGCAUCCGCAAGAACGAAGCUAAAGUUGUCAACACUGUUGACAUAGAAGAGAUUGGUAACCAGAAAGCCUUCUGUCGUUGCUGGAGGAGUGAAAAGUUCCCUUACUGCGAUGGGUCUCACAACAAGCACAAUGAAACCACUGGCGACAAUGUUGGACCUCUGCUGGUUAAGAAGAGUUAAUUUUGUGGUCUUGCUUUGAUGGAACAAUUUGUUGAGCUAGCGACACUUGGAGAAACUAUACUGGGCUGGCAUUUCAACUGUACAUUAAUAGAGCUGUCUCAAGUGUUAACUCUGAAUUAUGAUUAGGGGCAAAAUAAGUCCUACAGUUAUAUAUUAUUCAGAUGUUGUGGAUGAAUGAUGUGGCUAUUUUUAUUUUACAAAUGAUCUACAGGAAAAGAUUGUGAUUGAAUUGAAAGAUUCUCAUAAAACGUUUGGUUCUAAAUUUUCUCCAUUGACCUGGCGGGGCAUAUUUAGUCAAAUUAAUUGUGCAGCUAUAUAAACUCAUUCUUUCUCGAGAUGUUGGCAUCUCGAUCAAUAUCAUAGCAUAUCUCUAUUAUCUUUCUAUAAACAGUAUUGAAUGCUCAUCUAUUCUAGUGAAUUUGUUGGAAGAGACUCAUGUUGCGGCUGCAUUGUGGUCUUGAGUUUAGUUAUGACCGUCGUAAAUUUGAAUUUUGCUAAAUGAUAGUAAUGAGUUUCAUCAUCAAAACGGACAAUUAAUGAGAUUUGAUUUGGCUUCCAAUUUCUGUUCAUCGUGUCACUGAUCUACUAUUAAACUAUUAUUGGAAA